CGAACCUUGCCGAACGAACGUUGAGCAGCCGUUGAGCGUAGCGUCGAGUAGACCGCAUCCCAAAGUAUAACGUACGUACGGUGUGUUUUCUCUUUUUCCGUACAUAUUUAUUUCCAUUCACAAUAACGCGAUAUUUAUUUUUUUUUUUUCUCUUUUGCCUCUUUAUUUUUGAAAUAUAUAUUAUAUACAUACAUAUGUAAAUAUAUUGGUGUACCAUUACCUAUUUCAACAUACAUACAUUAAUAUAUUAUUAUUUAACAAUAAUACAUGUGAGUACAAGAAGAUAAUAACAAGUAAUCAUACUUACUAAGAAAAAAAAAGAAAACGAAUAAACAAGUUAUUUGCCGGGUGAAUUUAUCAAUAUCAUCGUGUUCAAUUUACAAAACGUGCUACUACAGUGUUACUGUUGUCUUACAACUGUGUGUGUUUGGAAUAUUAUUACAUUUGAAAUAAAGUAAAUCAGUGCUACAACAAUAUAUUGUAAAAUAAAAAUAUACAUCUGACGUAAUACAAAAUUGUUUUAAAAGGAAGGAAGAAAAUAUUUAAUACAACGUUUUGCUGGUGAAUUAUUAUUUAAAAUUUAUUUAACAAAAAAAAGAAAAUAAAAAAAUUAAGGGAGCGAAAAAUAAAAACGAAAAAAUAAAAAAAAAAAUAAUAACGAAUACGAAGAAGAAACGUAGCAAUUCCCUUCCCUUCCCACUGUGUUCUCCUAUCCACCACCCCACCCCUGCUGUUCGCGUCUCGACAAUCUACCGGUGACAAAGUGGUGUGCAUGUGAAUAUUCCUCAUUUAAUUAUUAUUUUUACUUUACCUAGAAAGUCAAUUUCAUUAAAUAAAAUUAAAAAUAAAAAAAUUAACUUUUUUGGAUCUUUGUUAAAUAUUAGUAUAAAAUUUGACUAGCAUUUUUUUAAAAUUAUUUUUUCAUAUAUACAUAUAUUUUUGUGAAUGUUUCUUCCCAUAUACAUUAUUGUAUAUACACACGCGUAUGGAAAAUACACAUACACAUAGUAAACGGGCGUGCAUAUUAAGUAAGAAAAAAACCCGCGAGGGUGCGCGCGUGUUGAUGUGUCCAGUGGUGUGGCCGUAGUAGCCUUAAACCAUUGACGAGAUAUUUUAUAUAGAUAACAAAAGUGAUUUCGUUAAUCGUUGGAAUAAGCGCCCUGGUGUCAGGGUGAUAUUGUAAGACGGAGACGUGCGUGACAUGUCGGAACAUCACCGCGUCGCCGCGGCAGCUGCAGCCAGUGGCUGGGGAACGCCGAGCCCUGGUAAUCGUGAAGAUGGUGCCUGGUGGUCAGGUUUGAAUGCCGAACAACAAGCAAAUCAACAACAACAACAACAACAGCAACAACAACAACAAUUACAACAAGCUCAAGCACAACAACAACAGCAACAACAAACGCUUCAUCAACAUUUAAUGAAUCAGCAAGCUGUUGUUGCUGCACAACAACAAGCGCAACAACAAUUGAAUCAACAUCAUCAAGAUAUCGUUAGAAGUACAGCAGCAGCAACACAACAAUUAUUUUCAUAUAAAAUGGCAUCUAGCUUUCAAAAUCCAGCAACAACUGGUGCACAAUCAAGUCCAGUAUCAACAUCAUCACCUGGUGGUUGUAUGAGAGGUGGUUAUGAUUAUAGAAUUGGACAACAGCCUGGUGCUGGUGCUAAUCAAGCUGGUAAUGGUGGUAACGCUGGACAACAGCAACAACAGCAGCAGCAGCAGCAACAACAACAAAAUCAACAAGCUGGUGUACAACAAUGGUGGUAUGCCGGUGGUGUUAUGGAUGCUGGACAAAAUAAUAUUCAUCAGAUGCAGGGUGCUCAACACCUAUCAACACAAACGUCUAAUCAAGUUGCAGCGCAUCAGAUACAACAGCUGCCACAACAAAAUAAUCUUCAGCAAAAUAACGCUCAGUUAAACAAAAUGCCGAGAGGAAAAACGGCAAAUGAGACAAAACCGAGGGGGCGAAUGACCGCGUAUGCCUUCUUCGUACAGACAUGCCGUCACGAGCACAAGAAAAAGCAUCCAGAUGAAAAUCUUGUUUUCCAAGAGUUUUCCAAGAAAUGUGCUUCGAGGUGGAAGACAAUGUCUGAUAAAGAAAAAAAGCGUUUCCAAGAAAUGGCUGAGAAAGACAAGAUAAGAUACGAUGGUGAAAUGCAGAAUUACACACCACCCAAAGGUGAAAAUGUAAAAGGAAGAGGAAAAAAACGUAAACAAAUCAAAGAUCCAAAUGCACCCAAGAGAUCAUUGUCUGCAUUCUUUUGGUUUUGCAAUGAUGAACGUGGCAAGGUCAAGAUGCUAAAUCCUGAAUAUGGUGUUGGUGAUAUCGCCAAGGAAUUGGGAAAAAAAUGGUCUGAUGCUGAUCAAGAAACUAAAUCCAAAUACGAAGCAAUGGCAGAAAAAGAUAAAGCUCGAUAUGAAAGGGAAUCGACAGCAUACAAGAACAAAAAAGAGAAAGGAUUGGAAGAUAAUUUAUGAUCAGAAUUUCGAUAAAUAAGUCACUAAGCAGUAGAGAGUGCUAUUCUCGCGAGGGAGGAAUGAAAAAAUAAAAAAAAAAAAAAUACGAAAAUCCAAAAAAAAAAAAAAAAAAAAAUUAAAAACAAUAAAAACCUUUGAGACAUGAUAUUAUAAUUAUAAAAAAGAAGAAAAAAAAAUACGAUCAAAAAUCAUCAAUCGGCGUGAGUAGCGAAAAGCUAAUAAAAAAAAAAAAAAAAAAAAAUUAUUAAAUAACGAUUAAUUAUAAUAUAAUUAAUAUUAAUUAAAUAAUAAUCUCAAAAUGAUAACAAGACGAAGAAAAUAAAGAAAGAAAGUGUUUUCAGAAAAUGAAAAAUUUGUAUAGUCAGAAUUGUCAAAAAGAAUCAUCUUUUAUUUAAAUAAUGAGAAAAAAAGAAAAUUUAACUUUUUUUUUUUUUUUUUUUGUUUAUUGUCUUGUUGUGUUCUUGUUUAAAACUCGACAAUGAACAAUACAAAAAUAUUAAUUUUCGAAAACAUUACUUUCAAUUUUCUUCGUUGCUUCACAACUUGACAUCGUAUUUCAAAAAUUCACAUACAAAAAUGCUUACAGCAAAAAAAAAAAAAAAAAAAAAAUUAAAAAAAAAAGUAAUUAUUGAAAUUAAAAAAAAAAACGUCAAAUGUGUCUCACAUAAAUGUGUGCCUGGCGGUUAAUAGUGGAACAUAAAAAUUUUCAUUAAAGGAUAUGACUGCGUACAAAAAGAAAAUCAUGGAUGGUCCGAAAGUGGGAGCAACACCAAAUGCAAUUAAAAACGAGAGUGAGGAAGAUGCUGAAGAAGAUGACGCUGAGGAGAAUGAUGAUUGAAUCGCAACAUUAUAAUAAAUAACGACAAAUUAAACAUCUCUAAAAAUUGAUAAUAAUUUUCAUAAUUUGUUUAAUUCCAAUAGAAGCAUGUCAAAUAAAAAAUAUAAAAAAUAAAUAAAAUAUUGUUAAAAUUCAAAUAAUAUGGAUUAAAAAAUAAAAAUAAUAAUAAUAUUAAUAAUAAAACUCACUGUGUGUACAUACACCAUUGGCGUACUUACAAAAAAAUUUAAUAUAAACAAUUAGCAUUCGAAAUAAUAAUGAUCCAUCUCCUUAUCUCUUGCUCUUCCUCAGUAUUUUAUUUCCACCGAAAAACUUAAAUAAUCUUUAUUAUAUUAAUUUUUGUAUUUUUUUUUUUUUUUUCCUUUUUUCUCCCAAGUAUGUCCUCUCUAUAUCUCUCCAUCCCUCUUAACUCUACCAUCAACGUCCUUUUUCAUUAUGUUAAUUAAUAAAAAAAAAAUAAAAUAAACAAUUUUGAUUAUAGAUGAUGGUAAAAACAAAAACAAAAAAAAAUAAAAAAAUUGUGUGUGCAUGUGUGAGAAGAUUAUUAAGUUGUAAAAGACGGUGAAAAAUAAAAAAAGAUAAAAACGCUAAGUAACGAGUGAGAGCUUAAUUGUAUGAGUGAACAUUUGUAUUUUAACAUAAUGAUGGUAAGAAUUAAAACAAAAUAGAAAAAAAAAAAAAAA